CAAAACAAAAGUAUCAUAUUCAAUAUUCCUGAAGUCUUUCAACUCUAACCUCUUUGAAUUGAAAAGAGGGGACUGAAAUUGAAAGAGUUGAUAUAAUACACUCUCACUCACCCAACCCACUUUGGUUCCAUUUUCAUUGCACUUUCCUCUUCCUCCUCAAUCUCAUCCUUCUGUUUUCCGCAGAAACAAACAAUGCCGAGGGAAAUCAUCACGCUUCAGGUUGGGCAAUGUGGGAACCAGAUCGGCAUGGAGUUCUGGAAGCAGCUCUGCCUCGAGCAUGGCAUCAGUAAAGAUGGCAUCCUCGAAGAUUUCGCCACUCAGGGAGGUGAUCGGAAAGAUGUGUUCUUCUAUCAAGCUGAUGAUCAGCAUUAUAUACCGCGGGCUCUUUUGAUUGACUUGGAGCCAAGAGUAAUUAAUGGGAUUCAAAAUAGCGACUACCGAAACCUCUACAAUCAUGAGAACGUCUUUGUCUCAGAUCAUGGUGGUGGUGCAGGAAACAAUUGGGCCAGCGGAUACCAUCAGGGAAAACUUGUUGAAGAAGACAUAAUGGAUAUGAUUGACAGAGAAGCAGAUGGCAGUGACAGUCUUGAGGGUUUUGUUCUUUGUCAUUCAAUUGCUGGUGGAACAGGCUCAGGUAUGGGCUCAUACUUGUUGGAGGCACUGAAUGACCGCUACAGCAAAAAACUAGUUCAGACCUACAGUGUGUUUCCUAAUCAAAUGGAGACAAGUGAUGUGGUGGUCCAACCUUACAAUUCACUUUUGACACUCAAGCGACUGACCCUUAAUGCAGAUUGUGUUGUAGUUCUUGACAAUACUGCACUAAAUAGAAUUGCUGUGGAACGACUUCAUUUAUCAAAUCCAACCUUUGCUCAAACAAAUUCUUUAGUUUCUACUGUGAUGUCUGCCAGCACAACCACUCUUCGUUAUCCGGGCUACAUGAACAAUGACCUGGUUGGUCUUCUUGCUUCUUUGAUCCCAACACCAAGAUGCCAUUUUCUGAUGACAGGAUAUACGCCUUUGACAGUGGAACGUCAGGCUAAUGUAAUUCGUAAGACCACUGUACUUGAUGUUAUGAGAAGACUUCUGCAGGCAAAAAAUAUUAUGGUUUCAUCUUAUGCACGGACGAAAGAUGCUAGCCAAGCAAAAUAUAUAUCAAUUCUGAAUAUCAUCCAAGGAGAGGUUGAUCCAACUCAGGUGCAUGAAAGUUUGCAGAGGAUACGUGAAAGGAAGCUAGUUAACUUUAUUGAGUGGGGUCCUGCAAGUAUUCAGGUUGCUCUAUCCAGAAAGUCACCAUAUGUUCAAACUGCACACAGGGUUAGUGGCCUUAUGCUGGCUAGCCAUACUAGCAUUCGUCACCUUUUCAGUAAAUGUUUGAGCCAGUAUGAUAAGUUGAGAAAGAAACAAGCCUUUUUAGACAACUACCGGAAGUUCCCAAUGUUUGCCGAUAAUGACCUUUCAGAAUUUGAUGAAUCAAGGGACAUAAUUGAGAGUUUGGUGGAUGAAUAUAAGGCCUGUGAGUCUCCAGAUUAUAUCAAAUGGGGAAUGGAGGAUCCUAACAAUAUGCUAUCUGGAGAAGGCAAUGUUACAGGAUCACUGGAUCCUAAAUUAGUAGUUUGAAGAAACCAAGAAGGUGACAUGUAUGCUGGUACUACAAGGGAGCGAAACGGAAUGAUUUUCUGUAAGAUCAGCAAGCUUCUAAUGAAAGCAUUUUCAACUUUUCUGGGGUAUUCAAGGGUUUGCGUGUGACGCUUUUGGUUUGUGUGCGCGUUUGAUUUCCGUUGAACUCAAUAUGGAUCCACGUGAAAGUCAUUGUGUCAAUAUCUUGCUUCUUCGAUCCACGUUAAACUCAACGUGGCAAAUUCUAGCUUCUCUGCUAGAUCCACGUUAAAGUCAAUGUGUCAUUAUUCUGCUUCUCCGAUCCACAUUAAGCUCAACGUGACAAAUUCUAGCUUCUCUGUUAGUGUUUUGAGAUAAGUGAAAUCACGUUUGUGUUGGUUCUUAUGCCAAAACAAACAUGUACGCCCCGACAAAGGGAAUGUAUAUGGUUUGGUUGGUCGGUCAUUGGCUUGUAUAGAAUUAGGGAAUCUAGUCUUUAUUAUCUUUGUUACUUUGUUGCUUAUUAGGGAAUUAAGUGUUUAUUAUGGUAAAGUGAUUAUAUUUAGUAUUUA